UCACUUGCGUCCAGUGUGAAAAGGCCUUGACACUAACCAGAUCAUUAUUUUGUUUUUUCUCCUCAGACAAAUAACAAGCAGCGUCACAUAUUUCAUGCUUUGAGUAUGAUAGGAAACCCCCCUCACAUCACAGAGAGAUACUCAGAGGAAUUACGAAAAUUAAUCAGACAAAUGCUCAGCUGUGACCCUAAGGACAGACCUUCAGCUAAAGAGAUUCUAGCAAAACCAUUCCUGAGUGAUGCAGUAGGCAGAAACAGUAGAACUCCAGAGGCACUGCUGCAGAGUUUCAUGAAGACUAUCAACGCCUUUGAUAAGGCCUACAACAAGCACUAUAAAGACAUGGAGGUUUUAGUUAGUGAGUGGGAAAGAAUAACAGAUUUAAUGGAGUCUGCACAUUACAGCGCAACAGCAGGGAGUCUGUCAGGUUCAGUGAUUGGAGCAGCUGGUGGAAUCACUGCAUUAGUGGGUGUAAUUUUGGCACCUUUCACUCUUGGGGCAUCUUUGAUUGUAACUGGUGUUGGUAUUGGAGUAGGAGUUGCAGGUGGAGUAACAGGAGCUGCUUCCACCAUUACUAAUACUGUGCAACAAAAAGCACUUAGAGUGAGCCUUGAACAAAUUCAGCUGAAGUAUAAUUCUGUAAGCGAACCAAUUCUCACACCGCUGAAUACACUGAGAAAGGUACUGAGAAAAAUCACAAAGUUCAGUGAUUUUUUUGGCAACGCUGUUGACAACGUACAAAUAUCAUGCAAUUUAAACAAAGGUAGUGUUUUGUGUGCCACACAACUCAUGAAUUUGGGUCUGUUGGCAAAUAUUAGCAGAAUUGCUACUCAGACUGCAAGAGUAGGCCGAGUUGUAGCAGAAGCAGUCUCAGGUGUGUUAAGUGGACUGUUAGUCAUACUCGAUGUUGCCUUCAUAGUGAUGGAUUCUGUAGACAUUCACCAGAUGAGACAGGGAAAAGUAGAUGAUCCAGAAAAGGUCAAAUCCAGUGUACUCAAAUCCAUUGCAGAGAUGAGGAAAACACAUAAGGAGCUUUGCAAUGUGCAGAAGGAAAUACAAAAAACAAGAGAGGAACUAAAAGUCUACAUAGAAUUGGCCAGGGUUGACAGUGGAAUAGACAACGGUUUAAACAGUUUAAACAUAUAGAUAUGA